UAGCGGGAGGCUGCGGGCGUGACGCACUGUGGCGGGCGGGCGGGCGGGGCUGCCCCCUGGCUGCUUAUAAAGGCAGACGCUGGGCGCGGAAAGCAGAGGGAGCGAGCGAGCCAGGGACUGUGUCCAAGAAUCGGAGCAGCUUCAGGAGCCAAGCCCGAACCCAGCCACAGACAAGCAGAUCCCCCGAGCCACUCUGCGACUCUCUCAGACCCUCGUCAGCCCACGACCCUUCUGCUCAAUGAAACUGGCCGCGAUGAUCAAGAAGAUGAGCCCGAGCGAUUCGGAGCUGAGUAUACCGGCCAAGAAUUGCUACCGCAUGGUCAUUCUCGGCUCGUCCAAGGUGGGCAAGACGGCCAUCGUGUCGCGAUUCCUCACGGGUCGCUUCGAGGACGCCUACACUCCCACUAUCGAGGACUUCCACCGCAAGUUCUACUCCAUCCGCGGCGAGGUCUACCAGCUUGACAUUCUUGACACGUCAGGCAAUCACCCGUUCCCCGCCAUGAGGCGCCUCUCCAUCCUCACUGGAGAUGUUUUCAUCCUUGUGUUCAGCCUGGACAACCGCGACUCCUUCGAGGAGGUGCAGAGGCUCAAGCAGCAGAUCCUUGAUACCAAGUCUUGCCUCAAGAACAAAACAAAGGAGAACGUGGACGUGCCCCUGGUCAUCUGUGGCAACAAGGGUGACCGGGGCUUCUAUCGAGAGGUGGAGCAGUCCGAGAUAGAGCAGCUGGUGGGCAACGACCCCCAGCGCUGCGCCUACUUCGAGAUCUCGGCCAAAAAGAACAGCAGCCUGGACCAGAUGUUCCGGGCACUCUUCACCAUGGCCAAGCUGCCCAGAGAGAUGAGCCCGGACCUGCACCGCAAGGUGUCGGUGCAAUACUGCGAGGUACUGCACAAGAAGGCGCUGGGGAGCAAGAAGCUGCUGCGAGCUGGGGGCGGCGACCAGACAGACGCCUUUGGCAUCGUGGCGCCCUUUGCACGCAGGCCCAGCGUGCACAGCGACCUCAUGUACGUGCGCCAGAAGGCGGGCGGUGGCCAGGCCAAGGACAAGGAGCGCUGCGUAAUCAGCUAGGACCCCCCUACCCCCAGCCCACGCAGAGGGCAGAGCGUAAGGAGUACCGUUGUUCGGAAGUCCAAUCCUGUGUCCGGUCCAGCCCUGUGCCACGUGCUCGAGUGUGUAGUGGCUCUCCCCUCCCCAGACUCGGGGCCCCACUAACUGGGGAGGUGAAAAGGCCCGGCCACCUGCUCUGGAAGGAAGACCUGGGUGAUACUGGAACCCCUUCCAUCUGAUUGCCCGUUGGCGCCCACCACCCUCACUGCUUGGGGGACAAAGGGCCAGCAGGGGGUGAAUUUGUCUGGUUUGCCACAAAGACCCAAGAAUUGGGAGGGUGUAUGUGUUAAUCAGCCACUCUUAGGCUUGGAGAAACCCACCCCCGCUGGAGGGUUAGGAUGAAUGGAGUUAUCUUGUCUGUGAUUCCGGGUUGCCAUGACAGCUGGCAAAAGCCUUUGCCCUCUUGAAACUAAGGGGUGUGGGUCAAAUCAGCCAAGUGACUUGUUUACAUGCGUGUGUGAAACUGCGCAAAGGAAAAACAAAACUUGCACUUUAACAGUUCUGUUGUUGUCAUGAACAAAAUCUCAUCUCGAUGUUUAUACUGUAAGACAGUCUUUAUUGUUUUUUAAAAUAUAAAAUAAUUUAAAAUGAAAAACCAUGCUUUCUUUGCUUCUAGAUAUGGCAGGAGGGGGAAGGGAGGGGACGGGUUUCUACUUCAGUGGAAUUAGGCUUACCUUCCCCAGAGCUGGCAAAUAACCCUGGCAUUCUGAAAACACCUUCAGUUCUCCUGGAAGAAAAGCAACCCCCUCCACGCACCACCCCCC